AUGAACUAACUUCAAAUAGAAGAGCUUUAAAGAAAGUUAUAGUAAUUAUAACUUGAAAGAAUGAAUGAGGAUUCAUCAGAUGAAGAGCCAACAUUUUAAACUGUUUCUGGAAAACUUAAUGAUAAAUAGUUAUUCUAAAAUCUCUCGAUUGAUAGUUUUGAAGUUUACACAACAUUAGGUACUGGCACCUUUGGACGUGUAAAAUAAGUUAGAAUAAAACGAGAUGCAAGUCGUUAAGUUUAUGCUCUUAAGAUUAUGAAGAAACAUGAUAUAAUUAAAUUAAAAUAAGUGGAUCACAUAAAAUCAGAGAAGAAUAUUUUAAAUGAAAUUUAACAUCCUUUUUUAGUGUAAUUAAAGGGAUCAUUUUAAGAUUAAAAAUGCAUAUACAUGUUAUUUGAAUUUGUAUCUGGUGGUGAAUUAUUUUCUCGAUUAAGAAAAGAUGGCAGAUUUAGUUAAGAUAUUACAUUGUUUUAUGUUUCUGAAAUUUUAUUGGCAAUUCAACAUUUACAUAAAAAAGAUAUAGUCUACAGAGAUUUAAAGCCAGAAAAUUUAUUAAUAGAUAGAGAUGGACAUAUUAAAAUUGCUGAUUUUGGAUUUGCUAAAAAAAUUAAAAAUAAUAAUACAUAAACAUUAUGUGGUACACCAGAAUAUUUAGCACCUGAAUUAAUUUAAGGAGCUAAAACUGGAUAUGGAAAAUCAAUUGAUUGGUGGGCUUUGGGAGUUUUAAUAUUUGAAAUGUUAGCAGGGUAUUAAUUAAUCAUUUUAUUUUAGACAUCCUCCAUUUUAUGAUAUUGAACCUACAAACAUAUAUAAAAAAAUAUUAAAUGGAGUAAUAGAGUUUCCUAAAUUUUUACAUGUAAGAGCAAAGGAUGUAAUUAGAAAAUUGUUAAAUUCUGAUGUUAAUAAAAGAUUAGGAGUAGAAGAUGUAAUUUUAUUAUUUAAAAUAGGAAGGGGCAGCAUUAAUGAAUCAUAAAUUCUUUAGGGGAGUUCCAUGGUAAAAGGUUUAUGAUAAAAAGAUUUAACCACCAUGGAUUCCAUAUUUGAGAAAUGAAACAGAUUCUUAAUGGUUUGAUAAAUAUCCAGAAGAAAGAGAAGACAUUCCACCUAUAGAUGAUGAGAAAUAGCAUAUCUUUGAUGACUUUUGAUUAGUUAAAUAAAAUGAAUUAAAU